AUGGUGACACCAGUUAGGGAUACCUUCCUAUACUUUGCUUAUGGCAGUAAUUUAUUAAAAAGAAGAAUUCACAUUAAUAAUCCUUCUGCAGUCUUUGUGGGAAUUGGAAGACUUGAUGAGCACCAACUUGAUUUUAUUAAAUAUUCAGACCAUUGGAGAGGAGCAUCAGCUACUAUCGUUCCAACCAAAGGUCGUCAUGUAUGGGGAGCUAUAUGGAGAUUACAUAAUAAUGACCUAAAAUCACUGGAUUGGCAAGAAGGAGUGGAUACAAAUUGGUAUUUUCCAAAAAUUAUCAAUGUUAUAACUCCUUGUGGGACUAAUCUGGAAUGCCGCACAUAUCAGCAAACUAUAAAUCCACCCCCUCGGACGGAAGAUGAGGAAAUACCUCACGAUCGAAGGCCAUCCAUCACAUAUUUAGAUUGCAUACUUAAUGGCGCUACUGAAUGUAAACUACCAGAAGACUAUAUUGAAAAGCUAAAGAAAAUUCCGCAUAAUGGACAAAAGGCAUCUCCAAAAAUGAUAGAAAAACUGAAAUUAUCAAGCAAUUGA